GUUCGUACCCCCUCACGCGUGAACAGAAAAGAGAGGAGGGACGGGAGAGGAUCCAAUCUCCUUUCAUACAACAGUCCAAUAGUGUAAAGACCCAAGAACCAUCAUCAAUCACAUGCAAGAGGAUGUAGCAACCUUUCUUCCUUUCUUUUUUUUUUUCCGAUUGACAUGAGGAUGUAGCAACCUAAUCCACCUCACAUGUGAUAACUCUUCACCCCUCGUUUUCCCCCAUUCUAUCUCUCUAUCUCUAUAUAUAUCUCUAAAACCCUAAACAGUUACCAACACUUGACUCUCCCCUAGUGGCCAUUUCCAAUCAUCCUCUUCUCUUCACUCCCCCCCUACUGGCCACGCAAUGGCCACUUCUCCUCCAUUACUCUGUCUCACAAUAACUACACUUCUUGUAAUUUUUAACCAAUGUGUGGCGGGAGUAAAUACAGCCUCCACCAUCCCACCCAAGAUUGGCAAAGGCUACCGUCUGAUCUCCAUCGAAGAGUCCCCUGAUGGUGGCCUUGUGGGCCACCUCCAAGUCAAGCAAAAGAACAGUAUCUACGGCCCUGAUAUCCCCCUUCUCCAGCUCUAUGUCAAGCACGAAACCGAAGAUCGGUUGAGGGUCCACAUAACAGACGCAGAGAAGCAAAGAUGGGAAGUUCCGUACAAUCUUCUACCCAGAGAGCAGCCCCCACCGUCAAAACAGAGCAUCGGAAGAUUAAGAAAAAACCCAGUAGCCGAGUCCGAGUACUCUUCUUCUGAACUAAUUUUCAGCUACAAAUCAGACCCAUUUGGGUUCGCGGUGAAAAGGAAAUCAAACGGCGAAACCCUUUUCGAUUCGAGCUCAGACGGAUCAGACCCAUAUGGUGAUUUGGUCUUUAAAGAUCAAUAUCUCGAGAUCUCCACAAAAUUGCCCAAAGAAGCUUCGCUUUAUGGGCUGGGGGAGAACACUCAACCCCAUGGGAUUAAGUUGUAUCCAAACGACCCCUACACUCUGUACACAACCGAUGUAUCGGCUAUCAAUCUGAACACGGACUUGUAUGGGUCCCACCCGGUUUAUAUGGAUUUAAGGAAUGUGGGUGGACAGGCCAGUGCCCAUGCUGUGUUGCUGUUGAACAGUAAUGGGAUGGAUGUGGUUUACAGGGGGGAUUCUUUGACUUAUAAGGUUAUUGGGGGUGUUUUCGACUUUUACUUCUUUGCUGGGCCUAGUCCUCUGGCUGUUGUUGAUCAGUAUACUGCGUUGAUUGGCCGGCCUGCUCCUAUGCCUUACUGGGCUCUGGGAUUCCACCAAUGCAGAUGGGGUUACCACAACCUGUCUGUAGUCGAAGACGUAGUUGAAAACUACAAGAAGGCAAAAAUCCCGCUCGACGUGAUAUGGAACGAUGACGAUCACAUGGAUUUCCACAAGGACUUCACCCUCAACCCCAUCAGCUACCCCCGCGAAAAGUUACUAGCAUUCCUAGACAAAAUCCACUCCCAAGGCAUGAAGUACAUUGUUCUCAUUGACCCUGGAAUCUCUGUUAAUUCCACUUACGGCGUCUAUCAAAGAGGCAUAGCCAAUGAUGUCUUCAUAAAAUAUGAGGGAAAACCCUAUCUUGCCCAAGUCUGGCCUGGAGCAGUUAACUUCCCUGAUUACCUUAACCCAAAAACAGUUGACUGGUGGGUCGAUGAAAUCAAGAGAUUCCACGAACUUGUCCCUGUGAAUGGCCUAUGGAUCGACAUGAAUGAAGCAUCAAAUUUUUGUUCUGGUUUGUGCACUAUCCCAAAGGGAAAGCAAUGCCCGACUGGGACCGGUCCCGGUUGGAUAUGUUGUCUGGAUUGCAAAAACAUAACGACAUCGAGGUGGGACGAUCCGCCUUACAAGAUUAAUGCUUCUGGUUUGCAAGUUCCAAUAGGGUUCAAGACCAUAGCAACUAGUGCAGUUCAUUACAAUGGAGUUUUGGAGUAUGAUGCCCAUAGUCUCUAUGGUUUCUCUGAAACCAUUGCAACUCACAUUGCUCUUCAAGGCCUUGAGGGGAAGCGGCCUUUUAUCUUAACGCGUUCCACUUUUGUUGGUUCGGGCCAUUAUGCUGCCCAUUGGACUGGUGAUAAUAAGGGGACAUGGGAUGAUCUAAAAUACUCGAUUUCCACUAUGCUAAACUUUGGCAUAUUUGGGGUUCCUAUGGUUGGUUCAGAUAUAUGUGGGUUCUAUCCAGCACCUACAGAAGAGCUCUGCAACCGUUGGAUCGAGCUAGGUGCCUUUUACCCCUUCUCGAGAGAUCAUGCAAAUUUCUAUUCCCCAAGGCAGGAGCUUUAUCAGUGGGAAUCAGUGGCCGAAUCUGCGCGAAAUGCUUUGGGUAUGAGGUAUAAGUUGCUUCCAUAUCUGUACACAUUGAAUUAUGAGGCUCAUAUGAGCGGUGCGCCAAUUGCUAGGCCACUUUUCUUUUCUUUCCCAAAUCUGACCGAGGUUUAUGGGUUGAGCACACAGUUCUUGUUAGGAAGCAGCGUUAUGGUUUCCCCGGUUCUUGAGGAGGGGAAAUCAGAGGUGAAAGUUCUAUUCCCCCCCGGUACUUGGUACAGUUUGUUUGACAUGACACAAGCAAUUGUGUCAAAGGAGGCUCAUUACUUGACACUUGAUGCACCAUUGCAUGUGAUUAAUGUGCAUUUGUACCAAAACACCAUUCUCCCAAUGCAACGAGGUGGGUUGAUCUCCAAAGAAGCAAGAACCACGCCUUUUAGCCUCAUAGUGACCUUCCCGGCGGGUGUGAAAGAGGGAGAAGCCAAAGGAAAUCUUUACCUGGACGAUGAUGAGCUCCCAGAGAUGAAACUGGGAAAUGGGUAUUCAUCGUAUGUUGAUUUCUACUCGAGUGUGAGUGAUGAAACGGUGAAGGUGUGGUCAGAUGUUGAGGAGAGUAAAUUUGCUCUAGAAAACGGUUGGACCAUCGAGAGGGUGACUGUGUUGGGACUGGAAGGAUUUGGGGGGAAGUUUGCACUUGAGGUUGAUGGAAUUCCAGUUGUGGAUACUUUGAAAGUGGAGAUAAGCGCGACGGAACAGAAAUUUCCUCAGGAGUUCGAAGAUGGAGGAGACAAGAAGAAGAGUAUGAUGGUAGAUGUCACGGGGUUGGAAUUGCCUGUGGGUAAGAAGUUCAAAAUGUCAUGGAAAAUGAGGAGCAGGGGUUGAAGAUGGAAAAAAAUUCCUCUACCUUUCUUUGGACUGCUUAUAGUAUUUUUUAUUUAUUUUUUGCUUUUUCUAGAGGUGAAUCUAUUUUGAGUUUCCAAUCAAGAGUUCUCGUUAAUGGAGAGGAGAUGGGCUAAAAAUGUGCUCAUCCUUUUCCAGGCAAAAAGGCCAAGAGAGUGAGUAACAGAUCUCAUUUGCGUGCUCUAAGCUUAUUUAUUGUUGUUUUUUACUUUGAAAUAGUAGUAUUAAUUAAUGCAGUUUCUCAAUUUAUGAUCCCAAA